AUGGGCAUGGUACUCUGCUGCCAGCCUGAAAGAGGUGGGAGGCUGUGCUAGUCAAAGGUCCCUUGGGUCCAGCACCAGGUCAGUGUCAAGGUCUCUCCCAAGGACUCCGAGAUGAAAUCAGCGGAGAAGCCAAACCCAAGUCUCAGGCAGAGCCUGGAGUGGCUGAGAAAGGAACUGGCUGACAUGCAGCUGCAGGACCAGCAGCUCCUACUCACACUCAGGCAGCUUCACAGUGCCCUGGAGGAGCUGAGAGCUGAGACCGUCCACCGGGAUGAUGCCAGGUCCAACGGAGGGAACUCUCCCAUCAGGGCUCGGACGGGCUCUGAAGGCAGGGGCUGCCAACCUGUCUCCUUGAGGCGGCUGGCCCAGCUCCGAGCAGAAGAAAGCAGACGGAGUUCCCUCCCUUAAUUGGGCUUUCACUGGCCCAGCCCAGUCUAAGGUAAUGUUGCUGUUUUGGUGGUGGGAAGAGCAUCAGCGAACUAGAGCUCUGAAUUCAUCUCUACCUCUGUUCCCUGUGUGUCCCUGGGCCUAUCCAUCAACUUCUCUGCAUAUCUAGUUCUAUUUUUGUCACUUAUUGGAGGUUUCUUGUAAGGUCCAGAUAAGAUAUUGGAUAUGAAAAUGUUGUGAAACCAUGAACUUAUUAUAUGACUCUGACAAGUACCAUGGUGGUCAUCUUAUCCUUAGGAAUUUCCCAGAGGCAGCUGUUCAAAGAAAGAGCAGGAUAUAUAAGAAUGGCUACUAAGGGACUCCAUGGUAAAACGUCAGAACUCUGAGUAGUGAUUGUUUUCUAUUUUCUCAACAGGUCCUUCUGUUCCCCUUUAUCUGACAGUAACAGACCCUCUUGCCACCUUGGCCAUAGAAGCCUGGUCAAUUAUAUAAUUCAUAGUUGCCUUUUUCACACUAUUGGCCCAAUGGGUAGGCAUGUGACUCAACAGGAGUUAAUCACAGUUUUUCCCUGAGGUUGCUAUCUGGAUAACUACAGCUAACAGAGCUAUGGUUGCCAGUGCCCAAGUUCCAUGACAGGUGUCUAUCCAUGGUGAAG